UCGAGUUAGAGUUAUCUGAAUCUGUUGUGGUGUUGUGGUUAAGGGCUGUGACAGCCAGGUGUCAGCCGAUCGGUGAUUUCCAUCGGUGUGCAGACGGCGGGAGGCUGUUCGGUAAAGUCGGACAAUGGGGGCUGUUCUCGAGGGGCUGCGCUCGCUGGAUGCCUACCCGAAGCCGGACGAAGAGCAGAGCGUCAAGACAGUCACCGGCGCAGUCGUUUCGGUGAUAAGCCACAUUAUCAUGCUCCUGCUGCUUUUGACCAAUCUCACUGAGUACCUGUCCAACCCCGGCUUGUCUGAAGAGAUUUUCGUCGACGUCUCCCGCGGCUCUAAACUUAACAUCAACCUCGACAUUGUUGUUCCCGGCAUCUCAUGCCAGUUUCUUGGGCUGGAUGCCGUUGAUACCUCAGGUGACCAGCAUUUGCAAAUUUCACACAACAUAUUUAAGCGACGCCUAAACGCACAGGGCCAACCAAUUGAAGAUCCUCAAAAAACAGAAAGUCUAGGAAGUUCCAAGGCUGAUGAAUUUAAGAAAGCAAUCGAAAAGUUAGCAGAGAAAAAAGAAGAGGGCGGCGAGGAAAAGAAGGAGAAGGAGGUUAAGUGUGGCAGUUGUUAUGGAGCCGAGUCCGAAGACUUAAAGUGCUGCAACACUUGUGCUGAUGUGAGAGAAGCUUACAGAAACAAGCAAUGGUCUCUGCCUGAACCAGAUAAGAUCGAGCAAUGCAAGAAUGAAAACUUCUCUGAGCACCUAAAGACAGCUUUCACAGAGGGCUGUCAAAUUUACGGGUACUUGGAGGUUAACAGGGCUGGAGGAAGCUUCCACAUUGCUCCUGGACAAAGUUUUUCCAUCAACCAUGUGCAUGUUCAUGACGUGCAGCCCUUCUCGUCAUCAAGCUUCAACAUGUCUCACAACAUUCGUCACUUAUCUUUUGGACAGAGCAUUGAAGGCAAGGGAAGCCCCCUUGAUGGACAUUACGAAAUCGCCUCUGACGGCUCAACUAUGUUUCAUUAUUACAUCAAAAUUGUGCCUACAACCUACAGUGCUCUUGACGGAAAAGUUUUCCACACAAACCAGUACGCAGUUACCAAGCACAAGAAAGUCGUGUCUCAGAGUCUCCUUGAGUCCUCAGGAAUGCCAGGUAUUUUCUUCAACUAUGAACUCUCUCCGAUGAUGGUGCGCUACUCUGAAGUGAAAAGGUCGUUUGGUCACUUUCUCACCAAUGUGUGUGCUUCGAUUGGAGGAGUGUACACAGUGGCCAGCAUUGUCGACGCAAUCAUCUUCCGCUUGAGUCAAAAAGCAAUCAAAGUUCAGCUGGGCUGAGUCAACUCCAAAAGCAUCCUACUGACUUCCGUUUUGUGAUUGAAGGGUCUCAAGCAGCGCCCACUUAAUACAUUAAUGUUUUUGUGGCCUCAUAUUUUGUGUUAGCUGUGUCAAUAUGUGUGCUCUGUUUUGUAUAAAAUCCUCUAAAGUCA